AUGCCUGUGAGUGUUUCUUCCAAUCUGACAAAGGAGGAUUGGCAUCCAUCCAGCCUCCUUCCCUAUGAUACGCUUCUGAAUCGCCAGGAUGACUUUGACUCGAUAAUGUCUUACCCGCAGUCCACUGCUGGGACUGGAACCGAUUUCUACGACCGCAGUCUGACAAGUCGCAGAUAUGCCCUUGUUGGACUGGCAUGCUCGAGUAUCAUUGCCUGCGCUUACAUAGUUGCGGGCGCUGUCAUCAUCCACAAUUACGGAGUCUCAGGGGUGGCCUCCAUUGAUAUUUACAUAUUGCCGCCAGACCUAAUGCUAAACUUCACCGUUACGUUAUGCACCGAGUCCACAAGCUUCGUACAUGGCAUCUCAUUGCGUUCUGCGCUAGCCUCACAGUCUCGGCUUCGUUUCAACACCAAUUUGCGUCUUCUGACUGCAGUUGGUGGAUGGAGGAACCCCAACGGCACCCUGCUUAAUGGUAUCAUGGCCUUUCUCCUCAUUAUAUCUUACAGCUCGGCCUCAUCCGCCACAUUUUACGAUACGGUUGAUGUACCAUCAGGGUCAAUAGGAUUUGAGGUCUUUGCGGGGGUACCUCUCCUGUUUUUGGGCGUCGCACUCCUUCUGCAGGUGGUGGUCGCAUUGUCAGGGUUGUGGGCUGUCAAAAUAUUGACAUGGAGCUCCUCACCUUUCGACUUGACUGCCGCUAUGGUCCUUCAUACGCAACUGGUUCCAGCCCCCUUCCGGUGCAUGCCGAAGCCAUCGGAUUCGCAACCCUCCGCGUGGCAUGCGCACCCCAGCAUCCGGAAAGUUGUCAUUUCUCUCUGGGGGCUCGUUGUAGCAUGCGCUGGAUGGGCCGCGCUCGUCAUGUGCAUCUGGGGCGAGUAUGGCGGUGAUAAGUUCAUGUCCUAUGCGUUGAACAUUCAAAGAUGGUCAUUCACCCCCAAUCAGCAACUUUUCGCUCCCGCCAGUGGCAUGCAGUCCAAUAACAUCUCGUAUACCAUUCCGGGUGUCAGUAUUCAAUGGUGGAUUCUGGUCUUCGUCAAUAUGGCAGUUAUCCAAGGACCGCUGACACUUGGACUGCAUUGCUCAGAGCUCAUCGUGAACAUUAUUCGAGAUGAAAGACAGUGGAGAUGCGCUACCGGAAGGAAAGGACUUAGAACGGCAACAAAUCCAUUGAAGGGGGCUUUCACCAAUCCACUCAGUCUUAUACUUUUCAUCGUAAAACCUCUCCUGCACUGGAUGUUUGGGCUUUCGUUCUUGGUAUAUGGCUACGCCAAUAACGGGAAUUUGGGAACAUUGAUGGUACACAUGUUCACUACCCAGAUCUGGAACUUAUGUAUAGCGCUGGCUAUAUUUGCCUGUUUCUUCACCGUCGUUGCACUGCGCCGACCGCGCGGUCCCCAGCCAGCCACAUAUGGACACCUCCAGACACUCGCCAAUCUUGUGGACGAGUGGUCGCCUAUAAUGUGGUGGGGCCACAAGGAGGAUGGAAUCCCGUACUGUCAUUCUGGGACGAGCGAUCAUCCGCUGCCAGAUGUGAAGAUGGACUGUGUCUACGGUGGUUCUGGCGUCGAGUCCCCCGCAUCUGUCUCGCGAGAAGCCUUCACGGAAUUCCAUACUAUAGCUGGUCUGGCCAUGCGCUGA